AUCAGUAAUGGGAUGGACUUUAUGAUUCCAGUCCCUCUCUCUGAACAUCACUGUCCAUCCUGCUAAAUCUUCUCACUUUAAUUCACCAGUUUAAGGUUCAACAUGGGAUUUUCAGUGCACUGGAGUUGGCUUACUGCGCUUUCAUGUCUCCUCUGUAUGGGAGGUGAAGUUCGUUGUGAUUGCACAGAGGAGAAAAUACAAAUUCAAGGAGGUCGUUACACACUGACUAAGCAGCUGACGAUAGGAAGCAUGUUGAUCUAUCACUGUCUUGAGGGCUACUAUCCACACCCCUAUUUGACCCGCCAUUGCCAGCCUGAUGGCACCUGGACAAAACCACCCAGAAGACAUGACCCUCAGAGAUGCAAGGUUGUUGAAUGCCCUGACCCCUUUGUGCUGCAGUACGGAAACGUCUCCCCUCCUGAAGAGAGGUACUUUGUGAACAAUGAGACCACGUAUGAGUGCUACUCUGGAUACACAAUGCGAGGCUCAUCCAAACGGGUAUGCUUACCAAAUGGGAAGUGGAGCGGCUCCACUCCCAUCUGUAGCCGUGACUCAGGGGACAAUUGUGCUGAUCCGGGAAUCCCAGCCGGCGCCUCAAGAACAGGGAGCAUAUUUGGAAUUGACGAUACAGUGAAAUACAGCUGCAACGGCAAACUGUUUUUGGUGGGGUCGAAAGAAAGAGUGUGUCAGGAGAACGGCCAGUGGACUGGCAAAGAGCCAGCAUGCUACUACAGACACACCUAUGACACUUCUUUGGAGGUUUCAGAGGCAUUUGGCAGCGCGAUCAAAGACAGCCUCACUACUUUAGAGCCCUUAGAUGACACACAGGACGGGAGGAAAAUCAGGAUUUCAAAAAAUGGGACACUUAACAUCUAUAUUGCAGUGGAUAUUUCUGAGAGCAUCGAAGACGCUCACGUCGAGAGCGCAAGAAAUGCAAUCAAAGCACUUAUUUCAAAGAUUUCAUCCUUUUCUGUGUCUCCAAACUAUGAAAUAGUCUUUUUCUCAGCAGAAGUGUUUGAAGUUGUCAACAUUCUUGAUUUUUUUGAUAAAAAAAUAGAACCCAGCACCAUCUUGGAUAAAGUGAACAAUUUUAAAGUGGACGGUAGAAACACUGGAACAGAUUUGAACGCCCUCUUUAUGAGAUUCUUGGAGAGAAUGUCUAUCAUAAAGCGACGAGCUGAAGAAGGUUUUAAGGAACAUCGUCAUGUCCUUAUGAUCUUUUCAGACGGUGCUUAUAAUAUGGGCGGAUCACCAGAACCUACAGUGGCAAAAAUAAAGAACAUGGUCUACAUGAGCCAGGCUGCUGAACAGAAGACUGAAUCAAGAGAGGAUUAUCUGGACAUUUAUAUGUUUGGCAUUGGAGCUGAGAUCUUUGAUGACGACCUGCAGCGGCUCACAGCAGUGGGUAGCGGUGGCAAGCAUUACUUCAGAAUGAAGGACAUUAAAGAUUUAGAAAAGACCUUUGAUGAAAUAAUUGAUGAAGAAGAAGUCCAGGGUCUAUGUGGUCUCUACAAGAACUAUAACGUAACAGAAGACGCCAGGAAAAGGUAUCCAUGGUGGGCGGUAGUUACUGUCCAGCAUGAAGGAGUGCUAAAGAACUGCAUGGGCUCUCUGGUGACCCCGAGGUUUAUCUUGACUGCCGCUCACUGCUUCACAUUUGAAACUUUACCCGAGCACGUCAGAGUUGAGAUAGAUGAUGGACAGGGCAGAGUGAAAAAAGUUAAAACUUUCAAACUACACCCAAACUACAAUAUUACGGGAAAAGUGCAUAAAGGUGUGACGGAGUUCUAUGACUAUGAUGUGGCUCUCAUCCAACUGAUCGGCGAUGUUAAAAUCUCCAGCGCUGCAAGACCUAUUUGCAUACCUUGCACUCAGGAGACCAGUGGUGCUCUAAAACUGGUUGGCAUAUCCACCUGCAUGCAACAAGAGCAGAUUCUGUUCAAGACUCAUCUUGAAAGACUCAAUUUCCUGACCAAGACAGGAGGCACGGUAGCUGAAAAAGAGGUCCAUGCUAAGCUGGGUGAAACUAGAGGUGAGUGCAUCAAACAUGCACUGGAGGCACCAGGCAUAACAACUCGUAAUCUAAGUGAUGUCAUGACUGAUAACUUCCUGUGCACUGGUGGUUCCAGAGAUAAUAUAGCAUGUCAAGGUGACUCUGGAGGUGCUGUGUUCAAGGACUAUGAGCUUCGCACAAUACAGGUUGCACUGGUCAGCUGGGGAACCACGAAUUUGUGCAAGCCAGGUAAUCGUCUUGUUGAGUCAAAAGGGAACUCCAGAGAUUUCCACAUUAAUCUUUUCAGGGUUCUACCUUUUCUCAAAUCGAUCCUUGGAAAUGACGACCAGGAUGAAUACGCACCACUUCAGUUUUUGAGUGACUAAAAUGUAUUUGUAUACUGUACUUUGUUUUGCCAUUUGAGAUUUGUGUUUAAACACACUGGUUAAUGUUAUUUUGCUUUAUCAGACUGUGUGUUCAUAAUGAAAAGAUUCAAUUUUCAGAUAACGUUUUCUCGUCAAAAGCAUACUACAUACCCUCCGUUCUCCAAAUGCACAAUUACAGUAAUGUAAAUAGUUAUCAGUUAAAUUGUUCUGUGCUUUAUCAUCAUUUAUUCAGUAUUGUCAGUGAUCAAUCAGAAUGUGAAAAGGAAGUUAAUAAAUUAACUUAAAACUGUGUCUUAAAGUUUUCAUCCGAUUAGCGAUAUGACAGUAUAUUGACGAUUGUGCCCAAAGCUGCAAAACAAUUUGCACAUCUGCUUUCAUGGCAAAAUUGUGUGUUUAUAUGAUUAUUUGUAUUAUUGUGAUAAUUUACCUCUGUUUUUUAGGUAGUACAUUCGCUGGAUCAGCCAGAACCGACACUCCUUAUCCAUAAAUAGUUCAUAGAUCUUCAAAAACAAUAUGAUACGAAUGAAAUGACCUGACAUGAAAAAACCCAUACUGUCAUUUACCCCCUACAUUGGACCAUCACAGAAAAACCAAGCAUUGAGCUUAAUGAUUUAAAGUUUAAUUUGGACCAGCUGAUGCACAAUUCACAACUUGACCAAACAAACUCAUAAACCAGAUGUAAGCUAGAUGACGACCACUGACACCAUGAAUCUCUCAUGAACUGGCACCAGU